AUGUACGGGGUAGUUGCGGGCAUUGGACAAAUUUGCGUGAAUUGGCGCAAUCCCAAAUACCUGGAGGGAAUGGCCAAACCCAAAGUGACUUUCCCUCGCCGGGCUCAGCCUAAGUUAGUGACUCGGACUAAGAAGAUCUUUGUUGGAGGACUCUCGGUCAACACAACCGUAGAAGAUGUGAAGCAAUACUUUGACCAGUUCGGAAAGGUCGAUGGCGCCAUGCUCAUGUUUGACAAAACAACCAACAGACACAGAGGUUUUGGUUUCGUCACCUUUGAGAAUGAAGAUGUGGUGGAGAAAGUGUGUGAGAUCCCCUUCCAUGAGAUCAACAACAAAAUAGUAGUGUGUAAGAAAGCUCAGCCCAAAGAGGUCAUGACCCCUACAAGUUCAGCCUUAAGUCGAUCCAGAGUGAUGCCCUAUGGGAUAGACGCGUUCAUGCUGGGUAUCGGUAUGCUUGGCCACCGAGGUUUCCAGACUACCACCUACACCAGCCGCAGUUACUCUAGAAUCGUGCCUGGCUACGCCUACCAGUUCCCAGAA